AUGUCACCGCAGACUGUCUGGAAGGCCCAAAGUUCAGAGUUCACGGAGCGGCGCACACUCAUACCGCCCGUCCAGGUCAUCACGGCCGACUCGCGCACUAACCUCGGGCCACUGACAACAACUUUCACACCGGAGCCUGACUGCAACGUUCUCUUCCAGCCCUGUGCCACCUGCGAGACUGCCUCUAUAGGGCAGUCCUGUGUUGACAAUGUUCCACAUGACAACCCGGCGUGCUGGCCUCCCACCAGCUCUGGAGCACAAAGUCCUUCAUCAACGAUGAGAGGAUGGGGUUUCUACUCGCCAGGACUCGUGUGUCCCGACGGCUACCUAUCAGCAUGCACUGCAACGUGGGACGGAUUCAGCGACUGGCAGGUCCAGUUCCCGAUGACUGCCGGAGAGACUGCCGUGGGGUGUUGCCCUCGCGGCUAUGACUGCGACAAUUUCAAUGGCGGCACUUGUACCCUCAUCCCGACCUCGACAGUCGUUCCGAUUGUGACCUGCAGGGGCGAUACUACCGGGCCUUCUGCACAGGAGACGAUCCAAGAGAGGGGAACGCCCGGCUUCAAGUUCUAUGCCCCGAUGAUUCAGAUCAACUGGCAGGCUUCGGACAGGGCGUCUACUUUUGAGCUUACACAGAGUACCUCUGGGGCUACGACAUCUGAUUCGACACCUUCCUCCGAAGGCCCCUCCCAGCUUGGUUCUGGAGCGAUAGCAGGUAUCGUUGUUAGCUCUGUUGGUGGGAUAGGCCUUCUUCUUAUUGCCUUCUGGCUUUUGAGGCGGCACCGGCGAAAGAAGGCAACAGGAUCUGGCGACCAGUUUCAUGGCUCUGGGGGUGCUCAGAAUAACAACACAGGCAGUGGCAAACAAUUUUCUGCACCAAUCAAUGCGACGAAUGUAUAUAUUCAAUGA